AUGGCAAAGAAUGGGUUGGUGAUUUCCAUCCUGGUUAUCACCUUACUCCUGGACCAGACCACCAGCCACACAUCCAGAUUGAAAGGCAGGAAGCACAGCAAACGCCGAGUGAAAGAAAAGGAUGGAGACCUGAAGACUCAAGUGGAAAAGCUCUGGAGGGAAGUCAAUGCCCUGAAGGAAAUGCAAGCCCUGCAGACAGUCUGUCUCCGAGGCACAAAAUUUCACAAGAAAUGCUACCUGGCUUCAGAAGGCCCGAAGCACUUUCAUGAAGCCAAUGAAGACUGCAUUUCCAAGGGAGGGACCCUGGUUAUCCCCAGAAACUCUGACGAAAUCAACGCACUCCGAGACUACGGGAAAAGGAGCCUGCCAGGUGUCAACGACUUUUGGCUGGGCAUCAGUGACAUGGUCACGGAAGGCAAGUUUGUUGAUGUCAAUGGCAUAGCCAUCUCCUUCCUCAAUUGGGACCGUGCGCAGCCUAACGGGGGCAAGCGGGAAAACUGUGCCCUGUUCUCCCAGUCAGCUCAGGGCAAAUGGAGCGAUGAGGUGUGUCGUAGCAGCAAGAGGUACAUAUGCGAGUUCAUCAUCCCUUAA